CAAAGGGACUGGUGAGACCCUCCCCUCUUGGUUGGCGCAAUCAACCGCACGUUCUCCGCUUUCGCCCUCAUCGGUUCCCAUGAUGCAGCGCGUCAGCCUGUCUCUGCUCCCCUCCGAGCCGCCAUGUUGUCGGAGUGAAAGCCUGGAAAUCUGGAGAGAGAACCGGGGCUGAAAUCCGCGACCAUCCGCCCUCUCCGCCUUGUAACUCUGGAUACAAUUGUGGCAGCAUUGUCGAUACAUCUAAAUGAGGCUGUGGUGGAAUGAGCAGCGUGUGUGUGUUGAAGGGUAAAGCAGUGCUCUGGCAGGACUCGUUCAGCCCCCACAUCAGAACUUCAAUUCCCAGCAUGCCCGUGGUGCUGAGUAGCGGAGGACACGCACCCCCGGCCGGACAAACCCCACAUGGCCCACCACCUAGCCAGCAGGUGUGUGUGUUUCAGGGUGUGGCUGGGGCAGGGCGGUCCCAGGAUGAUGCCAUGGUUGAUUACUUCUUCCAGCGACAGCAUGGGGAGCAGCCUGGAAAGCACCGCUGGCCCACCGGGGACAACAUCCACGACAGCCAGGUGCGGUCGAUGGAUGAGCUAAACCAUGACUUCCAGGCUCUGGCUUUAGAGGGGCGUGCCAUGGGCGAGCAGCUACUGACUGGUAAGAAGUUUUGGGAGAGUGAUGAAGCGGGGAAGGAUGGACCGAAGGGAAUCUUCUUGGACCAGUGGAGGGACAGUGCUUGGGGGGCCACAGAUCACUCGGUGUCUCAGCCGAUCAUGGUGUCCCGCCGACCAGGCGGGGGUUUCCACGGCGGCGGGGAGCUGGGCGGCUCAGUGAUGUCGCCGCGGUCCGAGAGUGGGGGGUUAGGGGUCAGCAUGGUAGAAUACGUCCUUUCUUCCUCUCCCGCCGAGAAACUGGACUCCUGCCUCCGCAAGGGACCAUUUGGACCCAGGGAUGCUGAGGCGGAGGAGGAGAAGAGGGAGAAACCGAAGGCUGCUUUUGAAGGAGAGAAACUCAAGGAGAUGGCGGAGGGAGAGGGUGAUGUCAUCAGUGAUGUCAUCAACCCAAACGGACUCCCCGUGCAGAACGGCCUGGACGUGGACGUCAAGGAGUACAGUCGCCAAGGCCCGAUGCCGGCUUCAGGCCCAGAUUCUGACUUGAUGGGGGGCGUGGGGGUGGGAGGAGAGGGUAUGGUCCCAAUGGGAGGGGGCGGAGGAGGCGGGGGUCCCAAACCCCAAGAGGACUUCUCUGGGGUGGAACAGGGUGUCGCCAUAGACACCAUGGAGUCGGUGAUGGAGCCGCUGCAGUUUGACUACAACUCCCAGAUGACCAUGGACUCACAGCCCACCGUGGGCCUGUUUGACUACAGCAACCAGCAGCAGUUGUUCCAGAGGCCAAGUGCUCUCGCGGUGCAGCAGCUAACGGCAGCUCAACAGCAGCAGUAUGCCUUGGCCGCCGCUCAGCAGUCCCACAUCGGUCUGGCCCCAGCGUUUGUUCCCAACCCUUACAUCAUCAGUGCCGGUCCACCUGGAACGGACCCGUACGCGGCUGGACUAGCAGCUGCUGCAACACUGGGCCCUGCUGUGAUGCCACCACAGUACUACGGGGUGACUCCAUGGGGAGUGUAUCCAGCCAGUCUGUUUCAGCAACAGGCUGCGGCAGCCAACAACUCAGCCAAUCAGCAGGCUCAAGGACAGAACCAGCAGAACCAGCAACAGGUGAUGCGUGGGGGUGGUAACCAGCGACCUCUUACUCCUAGCCAAGGUCAGCAGGGUCAGCAGAAUGAUCAGCUAAUUUCCGCCGCUGCUGUCAACUCAGCACUUGCCUUCGGUCAGGGACUGGCGGCAGGUGUGCCAGGCUACCCCAUGCUGGCUCCAGCUGCCUACUAUGACCAGACGGGGGCUCUGGUGGUCAACACAGGGUCCAGGGGCGGACCUGUGCGCCUCAUGGCCCCUGCCGGCUCUGUUAUUAUCUCUCCAUCCGCUGCACAAGCAGUGGCGGCCGCUGCAGGGGGUGGGGCUAACGGCGGAAUGGGAGGUGGUGUCAAUGGUCCAUUCCGAGGCAUGCAAUCCCAGCAGCCACAGCAGCAGGGGGGAGGGGCUAUGUCAGGAAACUCUUUUUAUGGAUCCUCUUCUCUCAGCAACUCUUCCCAGAGCUCCUCCCUCUUCUCUCAAGGUAGCCAGUCGGUGUACUGCUCGGCUCAACCUGGCCCAGGCUCCGCCUCCCUAGGCUUUGGUCAGAGCAACUCCUCCCUGGGAGCAACGCUGGGGGCUACGUUGGGUGGCUUCGGCACUGCAGUGGCCAACUCCAGUGGUGGCAGCGGUUCUCGUCGUGACUCUCUCACCGGCAGUAGUGACCUCUACAAACGCACGCAGUCCAGCUUAACUCCCAUUGGCCAUGGCGGGUUCUACAACGGAACCCUGAGUUUUAGCUCUUCCCCCGGGCCAGUUGGAAUGCCCCUGCCCAACCAAGGACCCUCCCACUCCCUAACUCCACCCCCCUCUCUUUCCAAUCACAGCUCCUCAUCCAACCUCAACCUAGGAGGUCUGACCAAUGGCAGCGGUCGAUUCAUCUCUGCUGCUCCGGGGGCAGAGGCGAAGUAUCGCAGCGCCAGUUCUGGCUCCUCCCUGUUCUCUCCCAGCAGUCAGCUUUUCCCGUCGUCGCGGCUACGCUACGGAAUGUCGGAUGUGAUGCCGUCAGGGCGGAGCCGUCUCUUAGAAGACUUCCGGAACAACCGUUAUCCCAACCUGCAGCUGAGAGAGAUCGCGGGGCACAUUAUGGAGUUCAGCCAGGACCAGCAUGGCAGCAGGUUUAUCCAGUUGAAGUUGGAGAGGGCCAGCUCAGCAGAGCGUCAGCUGGUCUUCAGCGAGAUCCUCCAGGCUGCCUACCAACUUAUGGUCGAUGUCUUCGGAAACUACGUUAUUCAGAAGUUCUUUGAGUUCGGCAGUCUGGACCAGAAGCUGGCUCUUGCGGAGAGGAUCCGGGGGCAUGUCCUGUCCCUGGCCCUGCAGAUGUAUGGCUGUAGAGUCAUCCAAAAGGCCCUGGAGUUCAUCCCCUCUGAACAACAAGUGAUAAGUGAGAUGGUUCGGGAGCUGGAUGGACAUGUGCUGAAGUGUGUGAAGGAUCAGAACGGGAACCAUGUAGUGCAGAAGUGUAUCGAGUGCGUUCAGCCCCACGCGCUUCACUUCAUCAUAGACGCCUUCAAGGGACAGGUGUUUGCCCUUUCCACUCAUCCCUAUGGCUGCCGAGUGAUCCAGCGUAUUCUAGAACACUGCCUUCCAGAUCAGACCCUACCCAUCCUAGAGGAGCUGCAUCAACACACUGAACAACUAGUGCAGGACCAGUAUGGGAACUAUGUCAUCCAGCAUGUGUUAGAACAUGGCAGAGCAGAGGAUAAGAGCAAGAUCGUAGCAGAGAUCAGAGGAAACGUACUCGGACUCAGCCAACACAAGUUUGCAAGCAAUGUGGUGGAGAAGUGUGUGAGCCACGCGUCACGCGCAGAGCGGGCGUUGUUGAUAGAUGAGGUGUGUAGCCUGACAGAGGGGCCCCACAGUGCCUUAUACACCAUGAUGAAGGACCAGUACGCCAACUACGUAGUGCAGAAGAUGAUCGACGUGGCGGAGCCCACACAGAGGAAGAUCGUCAUGCACAAGAUACGACCCCACAUCUCCACUCUGAGGAAGUAUACCUACGGGAAACACAUCCUGGCCAAGCUGGAGAAAUACUACAUGAAGAAUGGAGUGGACCUGGGCCCUCUAUGUGGCCCCCCCAACGGCAUCAUGUAGUCCACUCCCCUUGUUCCCUGACCCCUACCGACCCCUACCGACCCCGCCCCCUUACACCCUAUGCCCAAGGACAAGACAGACCAGCACGGCCAUCAGACGUCCAUCAACACCUGCUUUGUGUUUGGCCCUGAUGCUGAUUCAGCAUGUAGAGCUGUUCUGGUGGUGGUGGUGGUGGGGGGGGGGGGGGGGGGUUGGAUGGUUCCGGCCAACCUCACUGCUGGCUUUGUAUUGGAAUGUCUUGUCCUUUAUACCCUAAGCCUGGCCUGAACCCUACAUGAGGAAGGGAGUGUCCCAUCCAAGGGUGUUAUUUUAACUAUUACUCGUAUACUGCCCCCCCCCCCACCCCACCCCAUUCCCUUCCUAAUGAGAUCUUGUCAACCAUCCCCUCUCGUUUCCCCUCUCACACCUAUCCCCAUGGUAACCCAUUGGGGGGGCCUGUGUCGAAACAGGAAGCCUUGGUUAAUUUAGCCCUCUCCCCAAGCCGUAGAGGAGGAGGGGUGUUAGGGGGAGGAAAGGGGGAUGAGGGGGGAGGUACCAUGAGUCCCACCCCCACCCUCUCGGUUCCUCCUCCUCCUCCCCCUUUUCUUAUUUUUUUUUAUUUUUUAUUUGUCUUUUGAAUAAACUAGAAUAAUUUCACAUUUUUUGCUACUGCUGCGACACACUGUUCUAUGUCCUAUCACUACUAUGGGAUGAAAGGAACAUAUUUAAUUUCUCCAAUGUCUUCACCAAAUCAUAGGCAAAUGCACACAACACGGACACAACAUGCACACAACAUUCACACAACAUUCACACGCCAUGAGCUAACCAGCAGACAGAUCAUUUAGCAUGGGAGAUUCGUUUCCGGUCUUGCUUCUAUAUAUAUAUAUAGCGUGUAUACUUGGUGUAGACCUUUGCAUAUAUAUAUAUAUAUAUAUAUAUAAAUAUAUAUAUAAAACUUUGUAGUUUUUCUGGUUUUUGAUGUUGACUCUGUAUCUAUAAUGUAUCCUAGUAGUGAACACAUAUUUCUGACUGUAUAAUUGUACAUUUGUAAACCCUUGUAAUGUAAAAGUGAUUUACCACCCUUUUUGGUAUCAGACAAUAUAAAAAAGAAAAAUCACGCAAAAAAAAAAUAAUCUUAGAAAACAUGUGCAUUUCAGUGUAUAUUCUCACCUCCUUUGUUGUGACAUAUGAGUUGUUGUAUAUUGUAAAUUGUAAUAUCAAAUUUUUUGUUUUGAAAAGCCCUUUCUAUACUGCGUAGUACUUGUACAAAGCCCCCCCACCCCCACGCUCUGGUUUUACCUUCUACUCACUGCUUCAAUGGAACUCACCUAGUCAUCCCCAACACCUGAACUGCACAGUGAACCUCGCCGGUCCGUAGACCGAACAUCCACUGAAACAAAGCAGUUGAAACAUCCACUGAAACGAAGCAGUUGAAACAUCCACUGCGACCGACAUGCCGGUAGUGAACUCUCUCUACACGUCGUUUCCAUCUUCGGCACCGCGGUCACAACAUUACACCUGCGGGAAAGCUGUUCUCGGUGUAGUUAAGGGGUUGUAACCCCCUCCAUAAGACGCUUAGUAGUCAUGUCUGCGUUAACUUGAAGCUUUUUUUUUUUUUAUUUCUCCGAUUAUUUUAUAGGAAUGUUUCCCACCCCCUGUCUAAUUGUAGAGGGGUGGGAGGGGUGAGCUCAAAGGUAUUCUCAGUUCUGUAUUUUACUCAACACAGUGGCGGUCCUCAACAACGACCCAUUCAAAGCUUUUCACCACUACCGCUGUUCCUCUUCGGUUAAAGCGUAACCGAAGAGAAGAGCCCACGCUGAGAGGAGUCAGUAGUGUCAGCGUUGAUGUAUGAAUGGUGUUCGUUUAGGAUGUUUAAAUGCUGGAAGAAGCGCCACUGUUUUAUUACACCGUCACUAAGAAUACCACAACCCCCCUCCCCACACACACACACACAUGCACACUCUCUUGAAAGGGUAAAGGGAAACUGUGGGUUGUACAGAAAAAAGGAGUCUGGUGUUUUUGUUUUUGACCUAUAAUAGUCCUGUAAAAGUGAUGUAUCAUAAUGUCCAUGUGCCCCGGUAAAGACCGGGCGUUGCCUGUCUCGCCGUCCGUAAUCACAGUCUCGUGGUGGCGGGCGGCGGCACGGUGUACAUUUGGAGCAGCGAGCCAGCCAGCGAGCCUUGUGUAUAUGAAUAGCCGCACCACCUGUAACCAUAAUGUGUAUAGUUAUAACAGAAACCUGUGUAUGCUUAUCGCCUGGGCAACUAUUUUUUGUAACUCCUGUUGUAGAUUGUGUCUCUAAACAAUGAUGUGUGAUUCUUUAUUUUGAAACAAAACUGAACAAAAAAAAACUCUCAAAAUGGAAA